CAGAACUUCAGAUCCAUGAUACGAAGUAAUUUAAGGUUAAAUUUUCACCCUUGAGAGUUUUUCACAUUAUACUGAACCCUCUCCUCUCUCUCCUCCGUCAAAGCGUACUUACUCUAUUCUCCAUUGAAGUGGCUUGUGAGCUUUCUCUCUUCCAUUGAAGAUUUGAAGCAGCUGCCGAGAAUUCGGUUAAAAUAACCCUUUAAUGUGAGGUUGAAAUUGUGAAAAUGGAGUUUUUUUUGUUCAAUAAGAGCUUUUGGAGAAGGCACAAGAAGAAAAUUUUGGUUUCAUUGGGAGUUGCUGGAACUGGGUAUUUUUUGUACAAGCUGUAUGAUGCUCACAAACACCGGCUUGCUGAACUGGAAUCCGAACUUGCUGUCCGUCGGGAGAAUGAUGAAAGCAUUAAGGCCCAAAUGCAAGAACAUUUCGAGACCAUUCAGAGAAUAGCUAGCACAACGACGUUGCCUCGAGCCAUGAACUUCUUAAGCACUAGGAUAAAUGAGGAGUUAAACCUUUCGGUGUUGACAGAGAGGCUGAAACAAGGAAAGGAUGUUUUGACCCUUCCAGAGAAACUUGAACUAUGGGAUAAACUCAAAGUACUGAGCUUCACUAAACUGGUUACAUCAAUUUGGUCAGUUACUAUGCUUAGCUUAUUUGUUAGAGUACAAGUGAACAUACUUGGAAGACAUCUUUACAUUGAUAUUGCAAGAUGUCAGGAAAGCUCCCCAUUGCUCGAAGAAGCUAGUCUCAUUGAUCAGGAUGAUGAACAAAUUUUUUUAGCUAGGGCUGAUUUUCUGGCUAGUCAUGGGUUGCCUGCUUUAGUCUUCAAUAUGCAGGCUGCUGCAUCAGAAGUCCUAAAAAGCAAACAGCUGAAAGAUGUCUUUGAUCACUUAAUACUUCAUGAAACUAUUGUUCAAGUACUUGACACAUUCAUGAGCAUGGGAAGGCCUCAUCAUUGGAUGGAAUACUUGCUGCCAGAAGAUGCUAAAUUGCCAAGCUUAACUGCAUCUCAGAGCGGUGAUAAUUUAAUUAUUUCUGAUGUGCCCAAAUUCGAUCAACUCAUGACGGAGACACAUACUGUUUUAUCGAGUAACGAGUUCACAAAUGUGGUAGAUGUAUCUCUCAAGACGCUGGUGAAUGCAAUAGUGAGAGAUAUUUUUGUCGAUCAAUCAGGAGCAGGAUCACACUCAUCAGGCAUGGCAUUGGUGAAACUAGUGCCUCGAGUUGCACAAAUGAGUCAGCUACUACUUGAUGAACCUUCAAGUAACCAGUUUGUUCAAACGAUAAAAAAUAUACAGGAUGUUGAGUUGUUCUUCACCAUCCUCUAUGCAAAUGCCUUAACUGUUUAAUCACUAUGGAGAUUGUACAAUAGAUAUUUGUCUCAAGAUUCAGAUAAAUAGAAAUUUGUCCGCACAGUCGCAAUAUCUGUUGGGAUUAAAUUUGGAGAGUGAAGCCUACAAUGGAACUUUUUUUGGACAGAGGGAGUGACAGCAUGCUUCUUCUGUGACGCUCAAGAAGAAUUGGAAGUACAUCCUUCUACGGUUUAUUCUAAACGGCUAACAUGUUAGCCAUGCGGAAGCUUUCAAGAUCUUGAAAACAAAUCAGGUUCGUUUGUUUAGAGGUCUUCAAGAAAGGUAAGAGAAUCAACUUGGCUAAUUCCCUUAGAUGAUAAAUGUUAAGCCAUGUUUAUCAUUUCCUUUUCCCUCUCCUUACCUCCAAAGUCCUAUAACCCCAUUCUCCACCCCCGUAAGGCUCACUUACCCUUUCCCUUCUGCUCCAUGACCACCUUGAUCCAUUAUUGACUACCACAUUGACCACUUAAACCACCGCUCAACCUAACAACCAUAAUCACCACCCUUCAACCCUUGUUCCCCGAACACCAGCACCACCCCCAUCAACCCACCACAAAACCCACGAUGAACACCACCCAACAGCAGGAAACACCACAUCGACCACAAUAACCUGCAACCCACAAAAAAAAAAAGGCAUCCUGUAAAUCAUCACUUCACCCCAAAAAUUACCCAAAUCACCCAGUAAACAACUUGAACAACUCUUAAUACAAUACCAAUCAUCCCAACAAGAUUUAAAGGAGGGUCAGUGGGAGCACGAAGGGGCGGUAGCAACAACGCAAGGAAGGCACAUCAAUGGUGGUAGGAUGAAGGGUUUGGUUGAAGUGAUGGCGGUGGUGUUUGUAGAGGGAAGGGAAAUGAUGGUUAAGGCUAAAGGGGAAUUCUUUUUCUUUGUCUAUAACAAACUAAGUAAAUUUAAGCGAUUAGCUUUCUACUCCGUA